AUGUUUUCUAAUUCCUCUUCUAAUGGCAGUUCGCACAAGUUUGCAUUAGCAGUUGAUGUGGAACGAAAUAAAGGUUACGGCGGCGGUAGCGACGGCGGCGGCGACGGCCGCGGUGAUUUCGGAGAUGGCGAUGGCCAUGGUUUCAUCCUUGAUGAUAGACACUGCGGUGGCGCAUUCCCAGCAGAUGAUGGCCUUAUAGACGGUCUAGGCGGUGGCCAUGGAGGUGGUCUAGGCGGUGGAAACGGAGGCGAUCUAGACGGCAGCUUCGGAGGCGGAUUAAGCAGUGGUAAAGGAGACGGCCAUUGGGAUGGAUUUAACGAUGGUUUCGGUGGCAACGGCAGUUGGAACGGAAGAGCUGUCUUCAGAUUAAGAUCAAGUGCAAACGCACAGGCCAGUGCAAGCGCUAACUCUGGCGGAGGCUAUGGUGGCCACUACGGCGGUUACGGUAAAGCUUUUGAAGCAAGUGACAUCUGCGACUUUGUAGAGAAAUUCAAGUUACCCUACAUAUCAAUAGAUGAUACGUUAAGCAUUUGGCGUUACUCACAAGUUAAAGAUAUAUGCUCCAGCUACUCCCUAGCAUAA